UCUUCAAAGAGGAGAGCUCGGAAGUAGGUGGCGAAGAAAAUUAUUAGAAAAAUCGAUCAAUAGCAACCAAAGAUGGAACAUUAGAAAAUAAUUUAUGCCCAACUAUAUUUAUUAUGACAGAAGAAGCUGAUUUCGGAGCAUUUGAAGCAGCAGAGGGUGAAAAACAUGAUGAAGUUGAACAUUUGAAAAAAAAAAUUAAAGAGCUUGAAGAAAAGGAACUAAAGUAUAAAGAAGAAAAAGAACUUCAAGAAAAGGAGUUUGGAUCAAAAAGAGCCAAAUUUAAAGAAAUAUUCUUACAAAAAGAAGAGGAAUUUAAGACAGAAAAAGAUGCCCAUUUGGAGACACAGAAGAAAGCAGACACUCUAGCAAAAGAACUGAAUGAUGUGAGAACAGAAUUAGAGGAUAUUAAAGCAGCUGUUUCAUUCUCUGAAUCAAACAAAGAAGACGCUAUAGAGGACAUACGUAGACAGUGUCGUGAAGAAGUAGACACACUUCAGGGGUUACUUAAGGAAGUAGCAGAAGAAGCAUCAACAUCCACUGCAGCACAAUAUGAAAAUGAAAGAACAAAACUACAGGAACUUAAUGAGAAGUAUGAAGAUGAAGUAAGAGAUCUACGAAGUAAACUCAGUCAAGAAAGGGAAGGGUUUCUGACGUCAGUUGCUAAGCAGUUAAAACAAAUAGCACCAGGUUCUUUGGGACAACAGUCAUCUAAUCUGUCUAUGGAGGAAGAGAAUUUGGAGGCCAGUAUGAAAAAGGCUCAAGCUGACGCAGAAAUACUGAAAUCAGUUGUUUUACCUUUAGAAGAAGAGAUUAAAGGGUUGAAAUCAAGGCUUGCAACAUAUGAGAAGAAUCCUGAUGACAUAGGUACACCUCCAAUGAAACAUGCUACUCCAGAAACACAGUCUCUGUCAGAUCUUGAUGCUAAAGAUCCAGAAGAUAGGAUUCAAGAACUUCUUCAUUAUCUAAGAAUAGAAAAGUCCUCAAGGAAAGAUUUAGAAAUGUAUGUGGCUGUUUUGACAACACAGAAAAACAUCUUUGAAGAAGAAUGUGAUAAGACAAAGAAAGAUUUGGAAGAAGUUUGCCGUAUUUUAAAUGAAGAGAAACGAGAGCAUGAACAAUUACAACAGACUUGGCAGAUGGCCAAUGAUCAGUUUUUGGAAUCCCAGACAUUAAUGAUGAUGGAUUUACGGAGAAUGGAAAGUGUUUUGUCAGCAGAACAACAAAGACAAAUAGCAGAAAUGCAGAAAAAAGAUGAAGAAAGAAUGGCCCAAGAGAAGAAAGUAAAGGAUCUGGAAGAAGCAAAGAAGCAACAAGAAGAAGGACGUUUGAUAGAGGCAUUGAAAAAGGCAGAGGAAGCCUCAGAGAAAUUCAAAAAUGCAGAUGCCAAAAUGCAAGAAAAGUUAAAACAGCAAUCUCAAAAAGACUCAAUACGUGCCAAUUCUCCCAAUAAUUCUACAGACUUAAACAAUGAGACGGAUGAUGAAAAAUCAGUAUUAGAUGUUUCAGAUUUACCAGAAGGAGAUUCAUUUUUAGACAGUCGUGUUUUAGAUUCAAAUGAGGAACUAGAUGGAUUACGUGUGCAAAUAAGUCCAGAAAAAGUUCUUAAUUUACCAUACUUAUCACAGGCACAAACAAAGGCUCUAACAGAUCCUACACCAGAACUACAACUACGACAGUCAUUAAUAGCAUCAGCUAAAUCUAAGGUGGACCGAAUCUCAGUGGAUGGUAAAAGAUUGGUAGGACAAAAGGAAUGGGACCUUCUACAACAACAGUUAAAGGAAUCGCGAGACAAGUUAGGUAAACCUUGUGAUAUGUGUAAUAACUAUGAAGCACAGUUACAGAACAUUCAGGAUGAUCUGAAGAAAGAACAAGUCAGAGCCAAGUCAUUUGAAAGGAAUCUAAACAGUGAGAUACAUACUACUGAAAGUCAACAAAAAUAUAUUACAGAACUAGAGGACACACUGAAAAAGACUGUGUCAGAGGCUGAUGAACAGGUGUCCAGUCUUUUAAACAAAUUGCAAGAUUGUGAAAAGUAUAUAGAAGAAAUGAAACAGCAGUUUACACAGUCACAAGUAGAUCUUAGAGAUCAGCUGCAAGUAUUGACAGGGUCAAGAGAAGAAGUUCAAAAUGAGUUGACCAGGUUACAGAAAGAAAAUGAUACAUUAAUAGGGAAACAUUCAAAAUAUGCACAGCAACUUCAGAAUGAGGAUAUUAACUUACCUAAUAAUAUAGAGGAAAUGCAGUUAUUAUUAUUAAAGUAUCGUGAAGAGAUAAUUCAGAGUAAGGUUGCUAAGGAACACACAGAGGAAACACUGAAAAGUGAAAUCAUGUUCCUGAAAGAUCAAAUACAUGCUGAACAACAGGAGAAAAAUAAUAUAGAGGAAUCAUUAUCACAAGAACUAGCUACAGUUCAGGAAAAACUUGUUGUACAAGAAAGUUUAAAAUCUGAAUUAGAACGAGAAUCAUCUGUGAGAGCUGAUCUGAGUAAAAAAUUAACAGAGUCAGAGACAUCGUUAAAGAGUAUACAAGCCAAAUCAAAACAACUAAUAAACGCACUGCGACAGCAAGUUGCAGAGCAAUCUGAGAUUAGAAGUAAAUUAGAGAGCGAUGUUCAAAAAUACAGAAGCAAAGUACAGUCACUACAGAUAGACCUAGAUAAUAGUGAAGCAGUACAGAGAGACUUUGUAAAACUCUCACAGUCACUACAGAUCCAAUUAGAAAAGAUUCGACAGGCAGAAACAGAAGUCCGGUGGCAACAGGAAGAGGAUAUUGAUGAUUGUAAUAAUUGUAAACAACAAUUCUCUGUCACAAAAAGAAAGCAUCAUUGCAGACAUUGUGGGAGAAUAUUUUGUAAUGACUGUGUAUCUAAAACAGUGAACAGUGGUCCAAACUCUCGACCGUCAAAAGUUUGUGAUAUAUGUCAUACAAUUCUUGUGAGAGACGCAUUACCAUACUUCAGUACAGAGCCACCCAGCACGCCCAGCUGAAACUACAACAAAAUAAUUUAUCCGACUAAAUGUGUAUGUGUGGAUGUGACUGCCAUUUGCAAGGUUUGAGCUAAGUGCUGGGCUAUUGCUAGCAGUGACAUGAACACUUUGUCAUUAACAUGUGUAUAACAUGAUGUAGGGACUUACCAAUUAUGCCGCCAGCAUAAUAAAGUCCAGUACUAAGAGCUGAGACUUUUGUUGUUGUUUUAUUUAUUGUUAAGUUGUGUCAAUUCUAAUUGUUAUAUUUAUUCAGGUCAGUAAUAUUAGAAUAAGUCUUGUUGAAGUGGAAACAGAAAUGCUUCGGCUAUUAACAAAUGUCUUGGAGCUGUUCAUCCAUUGUUUUAUUGUUCUGAACAAUGCCAAUUAAGGAUGUUCGCUCCUCUUGAUUUUGAAUUUUUGCCAGAUAUUCGGAAUCCUCUGGUUUUAUCCAUGUAGAGUCAUUAAAAAUUAUGCCCACUAACCCCUACUUUUCUUUCCAUAAUUUGAUUACAUAUAGUUUAAAAUGUCAUCUUUGAAAAUAUUAUUAAAUCCUUGUUAUUUUUUCAUAGUUUUUGAAAGAAAAAAGGUGCCAAUGCUAAAUGUAAGAAAAAUCUAGAGAGAAAUAUGUCCCGCCAAAUUUUCAAUGGCUUAUAUCUCGAAAACAAGCACACAGUCCCUUCACUUUUUUCUGCUUUUUUAGUUCCUUUAUUAAUAUACUCUCAAUUUAUAACAGUCUUUUAAAAAGCUUGUUAUUUUGAAACAGAGUAGCGAACAUCCUUAGCUUGUCUUGAGUCAAUGUAAACUUUUUCCAAAUAACUAUCAAUUCUGAAAUUAUUGUGUGCAUUUAUCAUUGUGAUUUUUGUCGAGCCUUCGACUUUAGUCGAAAAAGCGAGACAAAGCGAUCCUACAUUCCGUCGGCGUCAGCGUCGUCGGCGGCGGCGUCCACAAAUAUUCACUCUGUGGUUAAAGUUUUUAAAAUUUUAAUAACUUUCUUAAACUAUCCUGGAUUUCUACCACACUUGAACAGAAGCUUGUUUAUGAUCAUAAGAUAGUAUCCAGAAGUAAAUUUUGUAAAAAUAAAAUUCCUGUUUUUCCGUAUUUUACUUGUAAAUGGACUUAGUUUUUCUGCCGGGAAACAUUACAUUCACUCUGUGGUUAAAGUUUUUUAAAUUUUAAUAACUUUCUUAAACUAUCCUGGAUUUGUACCUAACUUGGACAGAAGCUUGUUUAUGAUCAUAAGAUAGUAUCCAGAAGUAAAUUUGUUAAAAAAAAAUUUCCUUUUUUCCGUAUUUUACUUAUAAAUGGACUUAGUUUUUCUGCCAGGAAACAAUACAUUCACUCUGUGGAUAUAGUUUUUAAAAUUUUAAUAACUUUCUUAAACUGUCCUGGAUUUGUUCCAAACUUGGACAGAAGCUUGUUUAUGAUCAAAAGCUAGUAUCUAGAAGGAAAUUUUGUUAAAAUUUGUACCUGUUUAUCCAUAUUUUACUUAUAAAUGGACUUAGUUUUUCUUCCAGUUAACAUUAAAUACAGUCUGCAGUUAAAGUUUUUAAAACAUUUAUUAGAUUCAUAAACUAUCCUGGAUUUAUACCAAACUUUGACAGAAGCUUCUUACAAUCAAAAGAUAGUAUCUAAAGGAAUAUUUUUAUUGAUUUUUUUCCUCAUUUUUGUUGAGCCUGCGAUUGACAGCAAAAGUAGGCGAGACACUGGGUUCCGCGGAACCCUUACAAAUUUUUUGAAAAAUGAACAAAAAUGUGAGUUUAAUUAUUGGGAUUUUAGGAAAAAUUGCAUACAGAUAUAUGUUUUUAAUAUCAGAAUGCGAGUUCUUAUUAUUGCGAUACUCAAGAAGCCGCAUUAUUUGCAUAAAUAAAAACUUCACAAUAAUUUCUGAAUUUACAGUACUUAAGCUUAAGUUGAUUCUAAGGAGCUAUCACAGAAAGUCAGUAAUAAUGUCCAUAUUGUCCAGAUUCAAUGAAAUGUGGACAUAAUAUAAUUAUUUUUGAGUCGAAAUCGACUUUGUAGGAGUUUUAGUUUAGUAAAUUUACAUUUACAUGUAUAGUGGCAAUGUUUUCCAUCUCAAAACUUAUUUGUGAGAAAUAUUGUGAACAAUGCACACUUGCAUGAUGUUGCCUUGCAUUUAGGCUUGCCAAAAAAACUUAAACUUAUUGUAUGCAUUUAAUUAUGAGCCCCCAAUCCAAUCAUUUGUCAGUGUAUAAAAGUGCAGUGUAUAGUAGGAAGUCUGUGUUUUAAUUUCAAAUAUUAAAAUUUUUGAAGUGAUUGUGAUGGUCUUAUUUUAUUUGUAAUUCAUCUUUUGAAUUAUUAUCUUCAAUGAUAAAAGCAUCAUGUGACACCAUUGUCAUGAUAGAAAUUUAUUACAAUCUUCAGUUUAUAUAAUAGGGGUUAUAAAACGCCUAAGGAUCAAUAAAUUUUGAUAGUUUUGUUUUUGUAUGAACUGUGGAAAUUAUUUUCUUCAUUUCAGAUUGAAUAAAAAUGGUUUUAUCUUAGGAUAAAAACUUUGUCCUAUUGAAAUAAAGGAAUUUAUGCAAGAAAAUUUAUUGUUUGUGUUACCUUUGCUUUUUCUUUAAAUAACUACUCAAAAUCUAAACAGUCUUUUUUUCAUUUUUAUUCGUUAUUGUAAAUGUUGAAGCAUCAAGUUUUUUGCUGUAUAACUUUUGUUUGCUGUAGUUUGUGAAUACUCACAAGUAAUACUUUUGUUGGUUUUGGUUCAUACAUUUUAUUUAUAUUCCACAAAACAUUUUGUUUUAUUUCUUCAAUGACUGUAUCAAAAAAAGUUUUAGAUUAGGAAAACGAAUUUGAUAAAUAUUAAAGUAUGCAAAUAGACAAAUUGAUUUAUUGUGUUAAUUUAGGUUCAUUUACUUUAUAAAGAGCUAGUCAAUUGCCAUAAAACUAUUAAGUGUUAUUUUAAUUUUACCCUUUCAUUUAUCAUUUCAAAUGUCAACAGCUUCAAGUGAUCCCUAGGCUGUCCAGAUUUAUUUGCUUCAAUUUGUAUAGUUGUCAUACAAACAUGAUUGAUAAAUUUUUUCCAUAUUUUCGUUUUUGAUAACUCCUUUGUUUUAACUACACAAAUUUUCUUUCAUAUAUUUUAUAAAUGUAUCAUAAUAAUGUUUAUUAUUUGAUGAUUUUUUUAGAUUUGUGUGCACAAAAAGACAAAUGGAAUUAUUUUUUUUACAUUUUCAUAGUCAAAUAAACCUACUCAUAUAAGGUUAAUCUGGAAACAUACAUGAACCUUUCAUUUCCCUUAUUUUUAUUACAAUUUUGACAACUGGAUCCUCCAUAAGAUAAUAUUUACGGUUGAUAUACACUGCAACUUAUAUAUUAGAUUUAUCUUAAAGUUGAUGAAAGAAUUUGGAAAUGAAUAUAUACAUACAAAAUUUUAUUUGAAAACAUAGGUCACAAUCUUCAAAUUAUGCUUUUUUUCAAGAUUUAUCACACAAUAUCACUAGAAGUAAAAUGAACUUUGUUAAUUGCUAACCUUGGAAAUAAUUGUGAUAACCUAGUCCCAUCCACAUGUAUAAACAAACUGUACAAAUAUAUAUGUGUAACGAGUCUUAAUAUGACAAAUACAUAAUAAAGUUUAUUUAGUUUCAUUCAUAUUAGUUAUUAUAAGUUAAAAUGUCUGGUUUUAUAAAUUCUUAGAUUUUGGUGAAGUUCUGAUAUGAUGGCUAUUUAGGGUAGAGUAUAACUUAAUCUCCAGAAAUGAACAAAAAAAUUUACAUUUCAUAUAUUACUCAUGUUUUUUAUUUAUUUGUAAAAAAGAUUUAAAACCCAAUUUGGAUUAAUUAACAUUGGAUUUUCAUGAAUUUGUAACUUGGAAGUUUAUACUUGUCUACUUGAUUCACUAUAUAUAUGACACAAGUCAGUUAAUCAGAGCUGAAGAUGAGUUAUGAACUAUUUUACACUAGUUACAUAAAUUCCUAUUAAAUUGGAAUUGCUUAUUACUUUUUGUAGCCUUGGCGGUAUUGGUCCUUCCAUAGUUUGAUUUGAAUACCUGUAAGAUCAUUUUCUAUAAUUUAACUAUGUUUCGACAUGUUAUUAAUUUACAUCACAUGUACAUAAUUAAUACUGAUGUGCAUGGUAAUGUUUGUUACAUGAAAAAAGUAAUAUAUAGUUAUUGCACAAAUAUCAGUAAAUAUUGUCCCAUGUGGAAUAUUAUAUUGCACAAGUUUGACAGUAUGAUAGAUAUUUUACAGAAGUUAAUAUAUACCAAUUUGACUUGCAAUGGUUCUUUUAUUAUUUGGAAAUCUUUUAAAAAGGACAUUAGUAUCAUAUUUAACUACCGUAAACAUUACCCUUUUAAAGCUAUAAAUCUUUUUUUAAUUCCAAUAAGAAAUUGAUGAUAUACUGCAAUGGAAUUGUCUGUCUGUAUGUUUGUCCCUAUUAUAUAACUUUCCUUUCAUAUUAUCUGCUUCAGCAUCUUAAGAAAUGAUUUGAUAUUUGCUCAAGAUUCUUAUAACAUUGAGUUGUACCAUUUAAGAGAUUGAUAACAAGUGGGGGUAUUUUUCGCCUGACAUCACAUGCAACAUCUUGUUUAUGUUAAUUAUGUUUUGAAGUAAAUGUUCCUUUGUUUUACAGAAUAAUGCCAUCUAUUGCCAAUGUAGACAGUAUAGUUGUUAUUAUUACUUAUUUAAGGUUAAGAGUCAAGUACAUAAAUAUUUGUAAAGUCUAUUGUUGACCCGGUUCAUUUCAACAAUACACAUUGUCAUUAUUGAUAAAAAGUCAUUUACCAAAGGUUAUAUUUAAUCCAUAGGGGAUCAUAAAUUUAAUAUUUGAAUGAAAAGUAGCCUUUGUGGGAAGAUUAUGGUUUUUUAAAACCAUAAAUUGGGAUAGGGUGGUUAAAUUUUCGUAUAUUAUGUCAAAACUGUUUUUAAUAUUUGCACCUCUUCGAAAUUCUUGUAAAACAAUUCAUUACUACAGUUGUUCAAUAUCAAAAUGAUAAUUUUAAUUGAUUGAGUGAUUGAAACUUUAUGUCAAGAAGGAAAUAUUUUUUCAACAUAUACAUUCAUUGCAAAUGAGUUUUUUGUUUGUAGAGCAAAGUUAACCAAUGAAUGAUUGUGUUUUCAAGGGGAAAUUUAAAGGUCCCAUUGAAUGACCUCUUUAUAGAAGAUUAAAUAUUUUAUUUAUUCAGUGGAACAAAUCACCCUGCAAGAAUUUAAAUACACUGACCAACAUCAACUCAUUCUCAUGCAUGAAAGGUUUUAUUCUCUUCGUAAUCACACACAUGAAUUAUGAAACAUACUUCCUUGACCUAUAAUGGUUUACUUUUAUAAAUUGUAACUUGGAUGGAGAGUUGUCUCAUUGGCACUCAUACCACAUCUUCCUAUAUCUAUUUAGAUAUAUACACAUCAUAACUUAUAGCAAAAAAAGUUACUGAUCAGUAAUACAGCUUUUUGAUUUGCAUAAACAUAAAUGUUAUAUGAAACUAUAUAGUAAUGUUGUUAUGCCCCACCUAGGGGCAUUAUGUUUUUCGGUCUGUGCGUCAGUUCGUCUGACGUCCGUUUGUCCGUCUGUCUCGCUUCUGGUUAAAGUUUUUGGUCAAGGUAGUUUUUGAUGAAGUUGAAGUCCAAUCAACUUGAAACUUAGUACACAUGUUCCCUAUGAUAUGAUCUUUCUAAUUUUAACGCCAAAUUAGAGUUUUGACCCCAAUUUCACGGUCCACUGAACAAGAAAAUGAUAGUGCGAGUGGGGCAUCCGUGUACUAUGGACACAUUCUUGUUUUGUGAAUGUUUUAUUAUGAUUUUUGCCCAUAAUAUUUUCUUUAUUUACGAUAAAGGGACAGGAAGAGUUGUUCACACUUGCAUAUUAUACAGUUUCUCACACAAUAAUGUCAAAAGAAAUUACUCGUGAUAUAGAUGUAAAAAGUGUUUCAGAUUCCAUGUCCAUGAAUGCAGACUGCAAAAAAUGAAGAAGAAACUAUUCUUUCACUAAAGUUUUAUUGCUUAUUGAUUUUAUGCUCUGCUUUUGAAAUACCUGUACUGAUUCAUAUGAUAUAUCAUAUUACAUUGUGUAUUACAUUUUCAAUUGUUUUCAGGAAAGGUUUUUUUUGAAACAUGCGUUGUGUGCAUUGAAAUGGUUAUUAAUUUUUUAUUAAAAUUUUCUAAAAAUUGUUCAAAUAAACAACUAGUUCAAACUGACAAAUAGUUCAUUGAGCUAUUCAAAGCAACAACAAAAAAUUGAUUGAUUUGUGUACAAUGUGAACUUAGUUGAAAAUAUUCAUUGGUGCACAAUCAAUUAUUUCAAGUUAAAAAUAGUUGAAAAUAUUCAUUGGUGCACAAAUCAAUUAUUUUAAGUUAAAAAUAGUUGAAAAUAUUCAUUGGUGCACAAAUCAAUUAAUUUAAGUUAAAAAUAGUUGAAAAUAUUCAUUAGUGCACAAAUCAAUUAUUUUAAGUUAACAGAACAAAUUCAUUGGUGUACAUACAAUGAUUAACAAGUUUUCAGAUUCAGAUACGAUACAGUGAUUACAAAUUGUAUCAAAGUACUUUUAUAAGAUAUCCAUAAUAUAAAUGUAAGAGUUGAUGUGUAAUAGAAGAUCAUGUUUAGUUUUAAAUCAUUCUUAUUAGUGUUUGAUCAGAACUGGACCAUCUGAUACAUAGAAAACUAGCAAUUUUUAUUUGUCAUGGUAAAAGAAAACCUUAACUAUCUAUAAAUCUCAUGAUAGUCAGCUUGAAAUGUUUGAUUUUUUAAUAUUCUCUAUGAGAAAUGUUGCUAUGGAUGUGUUGUCAUGGUUACUCAUUAUACAGGUCCAUGUUAUCAUAUUAAAUUUUUUUACGACAAUGUC